UGGUGCGCUGAGCCCCUUAUCCUGUCCUGAACCUGCGGAAGCCCCAGACUCUAGCGAACAUGGCCAACCCAGUGCUGCCUCAGUUUACCCCAGCGCAGGACCUGGGCUCCACGUCACCGCUGGAGCUUCCCGAAAUGGAGAAACUCCUCACCAAGGUGGAGAGCAAAGAUGACAAAGCUCUGAAUCUGUCCAAGUCCCUGUCGGGGGCUCUGGACCUGGAGCAGAAUGGCCACAGCCUGCCCUUCAAGGUGAUCUCUGAAGGGCACCUCGAGACCUCCCUCCCUGGCUCCCCUUCCCGGGUCAGCUCAAGGCGGGCAUCUUCCAUCAUCACCACCUCCUAUGCCCAGGACCAAGAAGUCCCCAAAGAUUACCUUGUCCUUGCCAUCGCCUCUUGCUUUUGUCCUGUCUGGCCCCUCAACCUCAUUCCCCUCAUCUUCUCUAUCAUGUCUCGAAGCAGCGUGCAGCAGGGGGACCUGGACGGGGCUCGGAGGCUGGGGCGCCUGGCCCGGCUCCUCAGUAUCAGUUUCAUCAUCCUGGGGAUCAUCAUCAUCAUUGUGGCUGUCACGGUCAACUUCACAGUGCCCGCCGCGCUCCCAGCCCGAGCUCUCGGGCGUGUGCUCGGCUUAUCCGCCGGCGCUGGGCGUGUGCGGGGAGCCGCGGCUCGGGAGAGAGGCAAGAGCCACGCAUACAUCCUCCACUGCCACGGACAGCAGGACACGCUGAACUGCCUCCAAACUCCAACCUCAGGGACUCUCCGGUCCUAG